AUAUACCACACAGGUCGACUGGGAUAGUGUGCGUCAUCACAGAAAUAUACACCAAAAUCAAGAACAAAUCAGCUGGCUGCUUCCUGCAUCCUUCAAUAAUUAAACUUUCGUAUGUUUGUGAGAGACCAGACGCAGAAUGAGACAGAGGGAACGGAGGAUUCUUACAGCAUUCUGGGUGGUUUUUGCGGCGGUUGUCCUGACGGCAGUUUAUUACAUAUUCACGAUCAGAGACGACGGAGGGGGUCAUGGACAGGUCGAGCCACAUCCACUGGAGAUCGAGACAAAACUGAAAGAGGAACGUGUUAUCAAGCAGAAAAUAACCUUUGAUACGCAAAAGAGGAUAGAGUUGGAAGUGAAGAAGAGCAAAGACGAACCCAAGAACAAGACUGGCCCGCUGCCCGUUGGACCCCCAGUGAUGGGCUGUAUGGACCUAGAGCACAUCGACAAGGAAAAAGCCUUGGUGAUCGGCCAUCGUAGGAAAGACAGAGGCUUCCUCACGAUUGGUAUAACCAACGUCAAGCGCAAGAACGCCAGCUACCUGAAACCAACGCUCCAGUCUCUCAUCGACAACGCCAACGAGGAAGAGAGAUCCAAACUCCGCAUCGUCGUCUUCGCUUGUGAUUUAAAAGAUGAGGAUCGGCAAGAGGCCCGAGACAUCGUCUCCCACAGCUUCGCCGAGCACGUCCAGAGCGGGUUGCUCCAGCUGAUUCAAGCGGACAAGUCCUUCUAUCCGCCCCUCGACAAGCUCAAGCAAACAUUUAAUGACCCGAUGGAGAGGGUUAAAUGGCGGUCCAAGGAGAACAUCGACAACGUCUUCCUCUUCGCCUUCUGCGUCCAGAUGUCCGAUUAUUACAUGUUACUUGAUGACGAUCUUGUGACCUUCCCAGGUUACAUCCAGACGAUCCGAAACUUCAUCACGAAGCACCAAGGAGAUCACUGGAUACUGCUGGACAUCUCAGAGAGGGGCACGGGUAAGCUGUUCCGGGAUAAGGACUUACUCCUGCUGGGACGGUACCUGGUCCAGUUUUACCAAGAACAACCCGUGGAUCUUCUACUGAACUCGAUGAUGAGACUGCAGGAUCAGGGCAAACACCACGUGGUGGAGCCCCCACUGUUCAAACAUUUGGGGGUGGUGUCCACGUUAGCGUUGAAAAAUAAAAACGGUGGAGGCUGAAAACGAACCGAUUCUGAACUUAACAAUAUUACUGUAUAGAGCCUACAGGUUGUUCAACCAGAGACAGUCGAAUCGGGCAGUUUUGCAGAAAAGUGGGGGGUAGUAUUCAAAGUCGUGUCUAACGUAUUGCUGAGUUAGAAUAAUUGGUCUUCCAAAUGCUUUUUAAUUAGUUUCAUUAGGAUGUUUUGUUCAAAAUAUACAGCAAUCACAAUACUGGACUUGAAAAUGGCCACUUUUUUUUAUUUAUCAAGUUUACAGAUCGAAGCCGGUCGGAUAAGUCACACGUUACUCUUGAACAAAGGAAAUAAAUCCUUUGUGUGUUUCUCUAACUGCGCUUUCCCACUUUCAACGGAAAGUGGCCCAAGAUGAUGUUCAACCCUUGAGUUCAAUGAAGCAUGGCGUUUGUUCCAAUGCAUCGAUUUGAAUGAAAUGAAGUUUUUUAUGGUAGAUUGGUUAUCUGACUUUAAGAGGUAUUUUGAAAAUAUUCCAAAACUCACAUGCCUUUAUUAUUUGGUUUUCGACUGUUAGUUUUUGUGUGUGGAACAACCUGUACUACACAAGGGGGAAAGCGUAUACUGUGGUACUCGUCUGAUUCGCUCAACUUUUUUGUAGUUAUAAGCCUAAAGAUUCGUAGGAUUCUGUUCUCUCGUAUGAAGUAACACAAUUGCUCAAAAUCGUAAGUAGGGUCGACUGUAACUGUUGUUGAUAAGCUCAGUGGCUAGUGUACAUUUUGAGAAAGCAGAGACAAACAAGCACAUUUUGGGGGCCUUCUAACAAGAUUCCGUUGAUAAUGCUUGUAAAAAAGUGUGCUGUUUUUAAACCACCUUCAAUUAUUUUCUUUCGAUCGAAACCACCUCUGUCAGAAGAAUGUCACAUGAUAUUUUGGUAUUAGUCCUAUCUUCAAUUUGAGCAAGGGUUUUCUUAUAAUUCAGUAGGCACGUUCCUUGAAAAUUACCAAUUGGUCAUACAAGUCUUUAAUGCAAGAACUUCCAAGCCGAAAAUUGAAAAAAAAAGAACCGCACGUCUUUUUUUAUACGUGAUAGUUCCAUCAAACAUUCUUUUAAAAAAUACUGAAUUGUAAAUAUGACAAUUAAACAAAGAAAACGUUUGGAUUUAAAAGGAAAGGUGAGUUUUGAACGGUUCGGGCAGAGACAAUUUCAUAGUUUGUUUGUAGUUAUUUUCUUAUUCUGAAAGACUUUCAAUCGUCUCGUUUUCCUCUGACUUUCUAGUCUUUAAACACUCACAAAAAGAAGAUGAUUAUACGAAAAAAUCUCAAACUGAACCCGAAGUGUGGCAGGCUGGAUU